AUGACGGUGACGCCGUCAGCUGACGCGCAGAGCUGUACUACACUUUUCACAAGAACGGGGAUCUCACCUGCCCCAGCCGGUGGCCAACACUGCUGUGAGAACGGGCGGCCAUACAGCUCCGCCCUGCUGUCCUCUUACUCCAGACUGCCCCUGGCCUCAAACAUCUUUGGACCGGGUGGGUCGUACUCGGCGGGGUCGCAGCCCCCAUACAUGUCGCUGGGUACUGAAGGGUCGGCCUUCUACAGUCCUUUGGGCGCCAACGGCUGCAACAUCAGAGACGGCAGCGAGGCCUGGCGCUCGCUGACCCAACCCUCCCUGUACGAUACGACACCCAUGGGAUUCUACCCCUACGGACCGAGCUAUGGCGGCUUGGACCUUAACGCCCGACGAAAGAACGCCACCAGAGAGAGCACCAACACGCUGAAGGCUUGGCUCCAGGAGCACAUCAAGAACCCAUACCCCACCAAAGGGGAGAAGAUCAUGCUGGCGAUCAUUACCAAGAUGACCUUACACAGGUACUUACUACUAGCAGCAUCUUUCUUC